ACCAAAAUGGAGAAUUCAGUGGUUUAAAUGUGUUUUGUUGGUUGAUUCAGAUGCUAGUAAGACGAAAAGGUUUGCUUACCUUGAGCUGAGAUAGAUCAGACAGAGGAUCGUUCCAUAUGAUUCUCAUCAUCAUCAUCCUUCGCUGGCCUCUCUUGUCUCUCAAAUGCUCACUUGUCCUCAUCGCUAACUCCUUGUGAAACAACUCACUAAGUGGCACCUCAACUGAAACUGAUGCACCACAAUCACCAGUCUUGUAUUUCUUUAUCUCAGAUCCCUUACAUCUCGCUAUUCUAAGUUUACAUCUCGCUACAUCAACUUCAUCAUCACAUGUUUGUCCUGCCUUUACUGGUGUCACAACAGUGUCACCAACACAUGGGAUCUGCCUUCACAACCUCGUUUGCUUUAGAUAUAGCUUCUUGUGCAGCAACAUGGUACUUGAAAGAUCAGAAGAGGUCACCACAGCGACAUUUGAAUCGAGUCAAACCAACCCGUUUGUUGCAAGUAGUACAUCGGCUUGGUCCUUCCUUUGGUUUCGCUGCUGGUGCUACUACCUCUGCAACAGCUUGUACAGAGGAUGGCUGAACAGAAACAGCCAUGGGCUCGACGCAUAUGGUUGGUUUCAGUGAAGGUUUCCUUUAGGGUGUUGCUUGCGACACAAGAUAAUAUAAUAUAGCUAAUUAUUCAGAACCUACCUUGCCUCGCAAACAAAGACAGAAAGCCAACCUACCUUGCCUGUAAGCCAUUCUAUAAAUUGCAGUGUUUGGCGGCGUUGGGGAAAAUAGUGUAAUUGAGAUUUGACUGAUUUUGCCCAAGUAAGAUAACAUGUUUAAUUAAGAUGAUAUGGCAAUUUGAUUGGUUGUGAUAUAUUUUAGUUGAUGUGGCAGCUUUUUUAGAAGCUAAGAAAUUGGUGCCUUUUAUAAAUUGGAGAUAAUAUAUGGAAAAGUUCUAUUUUAUUGUUUUUGUUAAACCCUAAAGCUGAUGGAAGCCAAUAUCAUGAGAUCGUUGAUGGGUUGUACCUCCUUCACGCCGUCGGUUCUCAUCCAAAAAGGAGCCAUCAUCCCCCGCCGAUGCAUCCGCCAUCUCUGCUUAAGGACAGCUGUGUCCGCCCAUGGCUCCUCUUCUGAUGCAGCUAUGGUAAUUGAUAAACAGAAGGUUGCAGUAGACAUCUUACAUGAGAUCAGAACGGAAGUCUCAAGAAUGAAGGAAUCAAUUGGCAUGGUUCCUGGAUUAGCAGUACUCCAUGUUGGGGACACAAAACUCUCCACACCUUACUGGGCAGCUUGUGGAUUUGUUGGCAUCAGAUCAUUUGAAGUUCAUCUAGCCGAAGAUACGACAGAAGAGAAGACGUUGGAAUGUGUCUCAAGCUUCAACGAUGAUCCUUGUGUCCAUGGCAUCCUUGUUGAGUUGCCUCUACCAACGCAUAUGGAUGAGCACAAGAUAUUAAAUGCGGUUAGUAUAGAGAAAGACAUCAAGGGAUUUCAUCCAUUAAAUAUUGGACUGCUUGCUAUGCGCGGAAGAGAACCCUUUUUCCUUCCACAGACUCCAAAAGCAUGCAUCGAGCUGUUACACCGGAACAACAUUGAGAUCAAAGGAAAGAGAGCUGUUGUUAUCGGCAGGAGUAACACUUUUGGUAUGCCAGCUGCUCUAUUACUGCAGAGAGAAGAUGCAACUGUUACCAUUAUCCAUUCAAAAACCAAGAACCCUCAAGACAUUACAAGACAAGCUGACAUCAUAAUCUCUGCCGUUGGUAAACCAAACAUGGUCAGAGGAAGCUGGAUAAAACCGGGAGCAGUCAUCGUCGAUGUUGGGAUUAGUUUUGUUCGAGACCGAAAUGCUCCUGGUGGCUUUCGAUGGGUCGGAGACAUUUGCUAUGAGGAGGCUUGCGAAGUUGCAUCAGCUUUCAUAACUGAUGUUGGUGGCGACGGACUACUGGAAUCAGACAUGCUUCUAUCGAACACUUUGACAUCAGCCAAGAGAAUUCACAACUUCCUGUGACCUUAAAAUUCAUGCAUAAUUUCUUUUCAGUUUUGUUAAAUCUAGGGUUUUCUUCUGGUCGUCCGACAUUGCAGAUUAUCUUAUGUUCUAGUGUGUUUUUGUUGAAGUUAUCUCAUAACUUACUGUGGCCUUAAAUUCAUGCAUUAUUGCUUUUCAGUUUUGUGGUUUCCAGAUUAUAUUUUAUCUAAAACUCAACUUCCCCUAUCAAAAACAAAAAAAAGGAAAACUCCAUUUAGUGGGGAAGGUGAGAGGUUCUCUUUUUGCAGAACAUCUACACUCUCAUACCUUCAAAUACAGCUUCAUAUAUCUCCUAUAUUUUAAUUGAGGAGCUUUCUUUAAGUUGUAACAUUGCUUACUAUGCUUAGGUGUCAUCACCACAUCUUCUUUCACAACCCCUAUUAAAUGCUCUAAACUUACUAGAGAAAUUAAUUGACCCGUUGCUAAUUUUAGUUCGACCAAACCUUUAUAUAAUAUGGUUUCCAUUAUAGAUUGGUGAAAACCGGCUUUUAAUUUCAUAGACCAAUCUAUAAUGGAAACCAUAUUAUAUAAAGGAAGGGGACCGGCGCAUGCAAAGAGGUUUGCCUUUGGGGUAAUUAGAGUGAAUACAAGCGAUAGAGGAUGGACUGAUGAAUGUGUGGGAGAGCCGAUGCCGAGUGUUAAGAAGGCUACAGAUUCUGCGGCUUCUCUUCUUCUUCAGCUUCUCAAUAGAAACUUAUUCCUGACUUUGGUGGCAUUUGGUCACUUGGUUGUAUGGUGUGUCGUUUAUUUUAUUAAGUUAAAAACCAAAUGAGAUUUUCUGUAUACACACAGGCAUGUUCAUUUUGUAGUAUAUUCAAAUCUUUUAUAGUAAAUUAAAUUAAUUGAUUUGAAUCAGCUUCACAGAUGGGUCUUAUUCCCCUGAACUGAGAGAGCUUGUAAUAUAAAAAUGUUGUGCAUGGACCCAGUACUGAAGACACCAAAGACCAAAGACAAAACGCAAAAGUCAUUUAUCAUUCUAAACUGUGUUUAUGAUUUCAAAAAUAACCAGAAUUCAAAAAAAAAAAAAAAAAAAGACAUACCAUUGGUUAAUGGUUAAUUAACAAUAACACCAGAGACCAGAAGUGGCAGACACAGACAGAGACAAGGGACAAGAGGUGGAGAUGGAGUAAUAUGGUACAGGAAUUGACAUGACCUAAGAAAUGUUCAGAGAGAUUGAAGAAGCAAAUUAAUUACCUCAAAAAAGUCUGUUGGUUAUGUUGAAGCUUCUCCUUCAAGGCGAAGCCUCUUGCAGCAGACCUUUUCAUCACUUUGAUGAUUGUUUGCGUUUCCAACUUGGCUCUCUUUGGCUGCUUCCAUUGAACAUCUCUUGUAUGGCUUAAACCCUGUUUCUCUCAGCUUAAGACUCUUGCUGCCCGGUGGUUCAUCCACUGCACUCUCUUGGUCUGCAUUACAAGAAUCUUGAAUCUUGUUCAAGUUAGGAGGAGGAGGAGGAGGAGCCAAUGGCAUUAUUAUUGACGUCGUAUCG